AUGGUACGCAGCGAAGACGAAGUCGGGCUCAAAAUUGACAGAUGUUUUGCUGACACGUUGCUCAAGUUGACUGGUGGUGUUGCCAUUGGAAUUGUUGCAAGCGUUGCUUUCUUCAAAAGUCGCUCGUGGCCAAUUUGGUUCGGUUCUGGCGUCGGACUAGGAACUGGAUGGGCCAACUGCAGUCACGAUUUUGCUAGUCCAUACUUGCUUCAUGGCAAAAAAAUUCCGGCUGGACAAGAUGCACAGGGAAAACCGACAUUCAACAUUGUACCGGAAAAACGUUAA